AUGGUAUCAAAUCCUUGGACAGAAUGCAACAUCUGUUUGUCACAAUCUCUUCAACAACCUUGUCCCGAGUUCGGACCACUCGUUUCAGAAUAUCAGAAGCGGGAAAAAAGCAGUGAGCAGACAAAAAGUAGCCAUCUUCAAGGCAAAAAACCUGUCAAAGACAUAAGAGGACAGGUUCCUCAAGAGUCCAGAAUCUCAAACAUUGUCGCUCCACGGGAGCGUGUUGCACUUUUAACGGCUGCUACUUUGGGGGAAGAUGGACCCGUUGAUGACGAGUCCCUGGUUCUUCUCCAAGCUCUGUUACGUUAUUUGGUCACUGAACCAAUUAAAGUCGAGUGGUCACAACUUCGAUAUGAGCAACAUUUAAUGCAGUUGUGGUUUUUAUUUGAAAAGUUGAAACAUUCAUAUCUCCCUGUAAUCUUCCCGUGUUUAUCGCCGUCUUACUCAGUUUAUUCCCCUACAACAUCAUCCCAGAUAAGCGGCACAGUUUCGCUGGCUUCCACUGUUUUACAAGAUUAUCCGAUUCAUCUGUCUCGUCUUUCAUACUACCAACUGGAGGUCACAUGCUGGUUGGCAGGUUUUGUAUAUAGUGGUCCACGGGGUUCGAGUCACGCAAUCUCAUCAGAUGGAGGUUUCAGUUCAACAUUUACUCAUGGUACUGGUGUCGGUGGUGCUGGAGCAUCUCUCAAUUUAGGUGGCGUUUUUCCUUGGGAUACUCAUGGUGACCCAAACGACUUUCUACUGUCUCGACACAUUCGUUCGUUGAUAAACGGCCCGGGGCACAGUGAAUUUGAACCCGGUUCACAUCCAAAAACUAAUGACGUGUCUAGACUUUCGCAUUCACCACCAGUCCAAGCACCAGUACACCAAAGACAUACUGAUGAAGGCACAGCUCCGACAACUUUUCAGGAGUCGGCUAGUCAAGCUCCACCAGCCACAUUCUCAAAAUCAAACAUUUAUUUACCCAAAGAUAGUCCUAGUUUACAAACGUCAGUUCCACAGAAAUUUGUUUUUACCGAAUCUGUCUUCAAUUACAAUGACAAAGUUGUUUCCAUGGUGCAUGAAGUGUUAUAUGGAUGCAGACAGAAUAUUGAUCUGAUGCAGGAUAUAUUGCACCAGGCUCUGUUACUCCCUUUGGAAUGUCAUAAGGCUCUUUACUCUGUGACUACAGUUUAUGGUUCCUGGUUGGAAAACAAACACAAUCGCCCGAUUUUCAUGCAACCUUUAGAUGCCCCACUAAACAAACUGAAUGAGGUACAAAAAUUAAAUGAUGAUUUAUCAACAGUAGACGAAAGUCGAAUAUCAAGGAUAGACAAUUAUUACAGUGACCUCAAAGACACUGAACUUCCAAUAGUUAAGCAGGCUAUUGAAGAUAAUUGUGUACCCACCAAUCUCUCUGUUAAUAAAAUCAAACCUGAAGAGGAUGUCCAUGACUCAGAAGAAUUAAAAGGCUGCUUACAGAAUACAAUUCAGAUAAUGCUAGAAAAUAUGGCCAAUGUUUUUUACGCCACAAGUUUGGAUUCUAGCUUAAUGCCAUCUCAUAAUGUGGAUAAAGCAAGUACAAGCGCGGUUGACUAUACAAAAUACCAGAUUGAACUUUGCCGUUUGGUGUUACAAAUUUUUCAGUUUGCAAGUAAUAGCAAUGAAUUAACUUCAGAAACAUGGUCCAGACUUUUGUCUAUCCUAAUGGACGUCAUGCGGAAAACAAUGAUUAACACUUCUCCAACAAAUGUACAAAACUAUAGAUGGUUGUUGAACAAUAAACUUACUCAAAAUCUUUUUCAGACAUUAAACGGUGCUUUAUUGCGUGCAUCCCUCUUUUCUCCAAUAUCUUCUGAGCCAUGGGAUCAGUGUUUAAAUAUUUAUUCCAAGUUAACUCAUUGGCCGUCGUUAAUAAUUGAGUGGAAAAAAGUUAUGCGGAUGUUGACAUCUACAAUGGGUAAAUUAGUUUACGGUGUAGAUUUGUCUGAUUUACCACAGGAGAAAAAAGGAUCGCGAAUCAAACGUUUAGCAGCUUCUAAUUCAGCGAACAGAGCCCGUCCAAAAUCAUUGACUGAAGCAGUACUGAAUUAUGCUGGUUCAACAGCUGUAUUAUCGCCUCCUGUGCCUUAUCCUAGUGCACUGUCUGUGUUAAGUGUGCAUGAGAAUUCUUUUGACCAUAAUUUAGCACCAAAUUGUGGUGUUACAGAACCAGAUGAUGAUAUUCAAUUGAGAAGAAAUUCACAAGACAAUUCUCAAAAAUAUAUUACGUAUCAUGAAGUUAAGCCAGUAGCAUGUAGUCCCUAUAUUGAAAAAUGGACAUUUGAAACUGUAAGCAGUGAAAACUCAGAAGGCACUAAAGUCAUUGAUGCGCACUCACACGAUCCACUUGGAGAGGAUGAAUCUAUUUCCCUAGAUUUAAAUGAUGAUCUAGACGAUGAUCCUACCACAAGAAUGAGUGACAACCACAUGCACGUAUCACAUGGCUCACAACCUCAUUCUCAUGUUAUGUUGACCAGUUGUGGGUCUAUCCUUUCUAAUACAACAGCUAAGGACAAAACUUUAGUAUCAACAAGCAAGAGCAAGCCAUCUGUGAGACGUGCAACAAGUGAAAUCACAUUAACGGUUAAGAGUCGCCAUUUCGCACCACGAGUUCAGAAGUCCAAGUUUGACCCAACAUUCAGUUCUUUCACCAGGGGCGACUAUCAGCGUCAGUUACAUUCCGAGGUACCUCACCGCCACCACCUAUCGGAUUCACUUGACAUACUGACAACCAUACCUGCUGGGGCUCUUGCAGAUAGAUUUUCACAUCCUGUAGAUGUCAUUUCACCCAACAGUUUUAAACAUGAAGAAUAUUGCGGAAAAUCUUCAAAUACUCAUCAUUCUGGUUCCAGGACAUCCACUGCAAUUAGUUGUGUCGAAGAUGACUCUUUUUCUCUGAAUCAGAAUGGUAUCAGUACGAGUAGCUAUGCUUCGGGGGAAGAAGCCCCCAGUGAAUCUAUAAAGUUUGAACUUGAUUCUCCUAACGGUCUGGCAGGCAAUUAUUUCAGUGAAAAUCAUGAUGAACACGAUUCAGAUGUUCGUAAGUCAUGUGAUAUAGUUAGUGAUGAACAUUCCGAUUCGGCACCAAAUCGCAGGAACACAUUGACUGCUGCGGCUACCGCCACUGAUAUACAUGAGAUUCGUAAAGAUGCAUCCAAAAUACCCUUAGGCACAUCAAACGACCAACUGAAUGCAAUUGAUCUGCCUCGAUGUAUUCUUGCUGGUGGUCCAGCUUUUGGAUGGACUCAUGAAUCAAUUAUUGUUUGUUGGCGUCGAUUCUUAGGUGUUCUUGGCAGUUUUCAUGAAAUUAGCAAUCCAAGUACAUUGGUUGAUAUAUUUCAUUAUUUGAAUGAAAUGACUACCUGCCUGUUAAAAAUUAGAGAUUAUCAAGCUGUCCCAAAUGCUACUGAGUUAUGUGUUCAACCAUUACCACCGUUUAUCCCACCAGUUGAUUUCAUUGCACCUGUUUUGUUUGAAUCAAUGAAUCUCUCUGAAGAUUUUGUUGAAGCUAAACAAAUAGCUCUGCGUACUCUCAGUGAUAUUGUUGUACGCUGUCAUGAUGGAUGCCCUGAUCUGGGGUUAAUCGCUCAAUUCUAUCGUUUGAUUCAUCGAAUUUGUGUUUCCAAGGAGGAGAAGUAUUUGUUCGAAGUUAUUCGGUCAUGUAAUAUGCGUAUAUUUGUGUCCUCUCUUCCAUCUACACACUUACUUAUUCUGGAUUUCUUAAGUGGUGUAAAUGUUGUUUUGGCAAACCCUAAUUCUGGAGUAGAAAUUCCACGUUCAGAAGCUAUCUCUGUGAUAUUAUCCCUACUAUGUUACCCACAUCAUUUCGGACGUUUGGAAUCGAUUGAAUCCACUUACAUGGAGCCCAGAACAAUUUUGUGCACCGAUUUAAAGUCGCAGCUAGUUCAAAUGCUAUCAAAAGCCGUUUUGUCAGAUCCAAGUGCAGAAGUUCGAUGUUUAGCAAUAACUGGUUUGUCGAUUUACUGUGUCAUUGAGUUAAUGAAUCAAAAUACCUCUGGGUUGCUAUCAUCCACCAAUCCUACGCCAUUUGGCAGUUUAUUUUUCAAUUCCAUCGUAAUACUGUUGGGCAUGAUGCGCUUUCAAAACAGAAUAGUAGCCAUCGUCGCAGUUGACAUGAUUGAGAUGCUUGCCGAUUACUGUUACAUUCUAUCAUCCCGCGAUGCAAAUUUAGCUUCUUUGGUACUGUUGUCACUUGCUUGGACUUUAUAUACUACGUGGGAUAAUGCGAAUCCUGAUAAUAUGACGUCAAUUGAUAAAAAGUUUUUCCUAGGUCUAAUUCAAGCCAUUUCUGAAUGGUCAAUGCGUAUACCGUAUGAUCAGCUUUUGGUAAAUCGAGAAACUAAAUCAGAAUCUGUAUUACCUUCAUUCAACUUACUAGGCACAUUGAUUGAAGUGUUAUGCUUUAUUAUUUCGAAUGAUAAUAAUUCUCAGUCAUUAACGAAUUUAACACAUAAUUCAAACUCACCGCAUCUGCAAAUGACAUCUAGUAUUUGCUUCACUGAUCCUCUAGUAGAAUGUCUUAGUUUUUGUCAGCAACCAAUAGAUAUUAAUUUGUUUCAUGCUUCGAAAACAGGAUUAGAUUUAUCAUCUAUGACAUUCAAGUCUUUGAUAGUUGCUGGUAUCGAAAAUUCAUUAUCUGGAUUUCAGUAUAAUGAAGAUAUGAAUCGUGCUACAGAAUCAGUACGGUUAGCAGCGCGAAUGACUGUCAGUCAUUUACUCAACCAUUUGGACCAGUUUCCCAUGUCUAAACAGGGUGUACAGAUAAAUACAUCAAUUCAAGAGCAUCAUGAUCAAUUGUAUGAUCCCAUGUCUACUCAAAACUAUUUAACGAGUGGUAACAAUAAUGACGCAAAUGCUGAUGAACAAGAAUUAACACCUGAUGUAUUUGAACAAAAUAAUUUACAAGUGUUUGUAUUAGAUCGUUCAAUUAUACUUACAUUUAUAUCAUUGCCUAUUGUUAGAUGUGCCGAUCAAAUAAAUUCAGAAAGCUUCAAUGAUACAACACCUAUCGAAUGUGAUAAGGAUCGUCAAUUGAAUUCUAAUGGUUUUUCGUAUGCCUACUUGCCAUUAUCAUACUUAGGCACAGCUGAGAACUCUAAGGAGGCUUCGUUAAAGUGCAAUUUAGUAACAGAUCAGUUUUACACACGGAUUAUAACACGUGAUUUAUCUGGUAAAUAUAGCUGGGAUGCUUCCUAUCUAUAUGGUAGUGCAUUUCAACGAAAAAGACAGUAUAAAGAUAAAGAGAUAAAUGAAUGUGCCAGCAGCAAUUUACCUUUGAUAAACUCUGGAGAUAUAAACUUACACUUAUCGCGUAAUCCACCACCUUGUCCUCCUCCACGAAUGAAUCCACCUCCACUACUAAAUGGUUUAACAUCACCUACAAUAGAUAACGUCGAUCGCUUAAAUGAUGUUCUGCGCGAUUUAUCAUUAACUAGCCCAGAAUGUUCAAUCAAUUGGAAUACAUCAAAAUUGUCAGAAUACGAGCUUAUGAAAGAAAUGUCUGAUAGAGAAAGCACUACAUGUUUGAACUUGGAGAAAAUGACAUGUGAUCAGAUCACUUCUCAGUGUCGAAUGGACGAAGAUAUAGUUCAAAAGAAACUAGCUGAUUUUGAUGUAGCAUCACUUUAUGUUUCGUCGCAAUCACUUGAUUAUGAAUCUUCUCCAAACCACAUGCUUCGUUUACAGUGUGAUGAAAAGUCAGGGAUUCAUGAUUUAGAUUCAGUCAAAAUGAAUCCUGUACAUUUUGAAAAUUCACGUCAUUUAUUAAAUCAGCUAGGUUACUUAUCAUGGAGACAUAGACCUACAGUGGAGCUGUUACAGAAAUCACCCGCUCUUGUACGCGAAUUGAAACAUUUAGACAAUCUUGGAUCGCGGGAAACUCAUAAGUUGGCUAUAUUCUAUGUUGGAGCAGGUCAAGAAGACAAACAAUCUAUUUUAUCAAAUCAAACUGCAAGUCUAGAAUUUGAAAAUUUUGUUGCUGGUCUGGGUUGGGAAAUUGACUUACUGAAUCACAAAGGAUUUCGUGGUGGACUAGAACGAAGUGGACGAGCUGGUUUAUCUACACCAUAUUUUGUAACAUCCACUUUGGAAGUUAUUUUUCAUGUUUCAACACGUAUGCCUUCAUCUACUCAAGAAGAUUUGAAAUACAAACAUUUAGGGAAUGAUGAGAUUAUGAUUAUAUGGAAUGAGAAUUCACGUGCUUUUAGACGUAGUGUAUUACGAACACAGUUCGGUGAUGUUUUAAUUAUUAUAUCACCCUUACUCAAUGGACUUUACAGAGUUGAAGUACGACGUGAAUCUCAGGUCGGCUUAUUUGGACCAAUCGUUGAAAAUGCUGUCUUAAGCGCGAAUGUACUACCUGGUUUGGUUCGUGCAACAGCUAUCAACGCUAGUCGUGCUGUCCGGGCAAUGAAACCUGGAUAUCAUUAUCCAUACGAGGAUCGCGCUGCAAGUUUACAGCAAAUAGUAUCCAAACUAUUCUUCUUCCAAAUACAAAAACUAUUGAAAACGUUACUUCAUCAGUAUGAUGACGAUCGAUCCAGUUGUCCAGUGAAUACUUCUUCAGUUAGUAAAUCAAAUAGUGUGAAAUUUUUGUCCGUUUCUCCUAAUAAGCAAGAAUCUCACCACAAUCACCCUCAGACCAUUAUCUCUUCUUUUACUUCUAAUGAUGUAAGCGCUAAUACCAAUCAUGGUGACUAUAAACGGUUUAAUAAUGUCCGUCAAAAAGAACAAGUCAUGGCUGUGCAUUUAAACCGAUCAGCAGGUAUACUCUCAAGAACACCGUCAGUUAUGCGUAACAAAGGCUUGUAUACUGAUUCUAAUUCUAACUUUCCUUGUGUAAACUGUCAACCGUCACUGAAAAGUACUUCAAUUGCUCACCCUAAUGAAAAUUCUGAUGAAUACUACAUGAAUGUAUCCAAUACAGUGUCCAGUCCACGAUUGUUUCGUGGGUUGAAAUCGCGUCGACAUAGUGGAUCUAGUAAAAUUAACUGA